AUUACUUUUUCCAUUACGGUUAUAACGAGACAAAAACGUCGCAAAAACAUUGUAAAUCCCGAAUAAACUGUGCGCUAAUGUUAAUUGUUAUCAACUCGUGAUAAAAGUUAGUGUGAAGCGACAUUUUCAAAAUGGAUUUUGCUGAUUUUGGCGAAAGUGAUGAUUGUAAUUGUUUUGAAGGGAGCAGCGGAUCGAUAGAAAGGAUUGAUCAUUAUCAUCAUCAUAUUAAAGUUGUGCAAAAUAGUGUGUUUUUUGUGUAAUAUAAAGUGAAACGAAAUUUUACUCCUGUUAAUGCAAACUUACAAAACUGUGCAAAAUGGAUUUUCUGGAAUCUGGUGUUGGUUGAAGAAAAUCUAAGCAGACAUGGAAAAACAAAAUGUAGUACAUAGAAAAUGACAAUUGUGUGUUAGUGGAAGAUAAAGUGUACAUUUUGGAACGAAUUGCUCCAAGAAUCGCUAAAAACUAACUCAAGUUUAAUAACCUAAAAAACAUUUUAAGAACAACUGGGCAUAAAAUUUACUGUAAAUUACUAUUAGCUCGAAGUGAAAAUAUGCUGGCAAACAGCAGUCGUCGAGAUGGCGGCACCGAUUAAGCCGUGAGGGUUCUUGUCGAAACUUUGAAAUUGUUGUAAGUGUCAUCUAGUAGAAACCGCGGCGAAACUGAAUGUUUCGUGACGUCAUCGGAUGCAUGCAAAUUUGAAACUAACGUACAGCAGAAACAUAAGGAUUUGUAAAUGUGUCACACAUGACCCCACAGUGGGAAACGGUAGCAGCAGUUUAAAUUUCUGCGGAUAAAAGUAAAUCGAUUGAUUCGCAAGCAAACAGAGAAACGUUAUCAUAUUCAAAUACUUACUCUUAUGUAAUAUUCAAUAUUCAAGAAGCAUUAUUCGUCAAACCAAGUUUACAUACAAAUACAUCAAGCAACUGUAUCCAAAACCAGCAUUAAUAGUAGCAGUUACUCAGCUCCUACCAACGGACUACUAGAGGAAGCACUACUGUCUGUAGAAUUUAGCAUAGCUAAAUCGACAGUAAAUCCCCCAGAGUCCACCAGUCCAAUCAAAUUGGGAAACGCGUUGUCUAGUAGCCACUCUGCUUGAGAGUGGUAAACGACGGCGUCGAAAGUCGGCCCAACGAAGUAUGUCGCAGAAAGGGCAAAAGCGAUCGAACCGUGCUGAAAACGAUGGACCACCCCCGGUCAAAAAGCGAAAGGGCCGUCCGGCGGCAUCGUCCAUGGAGGACGAUAACUCCCUUACAUCGAACACCGGCGGUCCGACAACGCCAACGAAAAACUGGCAGCCUCGGGCGGUCAUCGACAUUAAGAUGUCCAGCAUAUACAACCGUACUGCACCGGAAGCACCGGCUGAACUGUUUAGAAAAGAUCUUAUCAGUGCCAUGAAGCUACCCGAUUCUGAACCAUUAGCUGUCGAUGAGUACUGGGUCAUCAACGACCAAUGGAAGCAGGAAUGGGAGCGAGGUGUGCAGGUUCCGGUAAAUCCCGAUUCUUUACCGGAGCCUUCGGUGUCAAUCAUACAGGAAAAUCACUACAAGAAACGACAAGAUUUUAAGCUUCCCAAAAACAAAUAUAUUCGAAUAACAAAGGAUGAAUCGUUUUCCCAUGAUCAGCACUACUUAUCUAACACACCAGCCAUCUCUGAGCAGGUGUGCUAUUACGAUCUCGACCAGUGCGACGAAGCAUGGUUGAAAGUAUUUAAUGGAGAGCGAAACUUAGCCGGACUGGUGCCAGUGACUGAUGAGCAAUUUGAGAGGGUCGUUGAAGAACUAGAAGUUCGAUGUUGGGAUAAAAUCCAGGCCAUUAUGAAAAGCGAAGAAGGUCUUGGCAUCGAGUACGACGAGAAUGUCAUCUGUGACGUAUGUCGCUCGCCGGACUCGGAAGAAGCAAACGAGAUGGUGUUCUGUGAUAAUUGCAAUAUUUGUGUGCAUCAAGCUUGCUACGGGAUUACUAACAUACCAUCUGGCCAGUGGAUGUGCCGUACGUGUUCCAUGGGGCAGAAACCCGAUUGUGUGCUGUGCCCGAACAAGGGCGGCGCCAUGAAGUCAACCAGAUCUGGCCAAAAGUGGGCACAUGUUUCCUGUGCUCUGUGGAUCCCGGAAGUCAGCAUCGGUUCGGUCGACCGCAUGGAACCGAUCACGAAAAUUUCCAGUAUACCGGCCAGUCGAUGGGCGCUGAUUUGUGUGCUAUGCCGGGAACGGGUUGGAGCAUGCAUCCAGUGUUCGGUAAAAACUUGUAAAACCGCCUAUCAUGUGACGUGCGCUUUCCAGCACGGACUGGAGAUGCGGGCCAUUAUCGAAGACGAAAACGCAGAGGACGGUGUGAAGCUUCGCUCAUACUGUCAGAAGCACGGUGUUCACAAAGGUAAACGUGAUAAUAAAAAUUCCAACAACAACACAGGAUCGGCGACCGAUGAUGAAACUGCAAGCAGCGGAGAGGUGAAACGUAAGAAGCGCAAGGACAUGACGUCGGAAGAACGCAACCAAGCACGGGCUCAACGCAUGCAGGAGAUUGAGGCCGAGUUUGAUAAGCAUGUUAGUGUUAAAGAUAUUAGUUGUCAUUUGUUAGAUGUUGAUCAGGAAGCUAUUCAUUACAUUUAUAACUACUGGGUAUUGAAACGCAAAUCUGGUCACAAUCGUCCACUCUUACCUCCCAAAUCUGACGAUGUUGACAUGGUAGCCCAAAAUCAGGAGCAAGCGGAUGAUUUAGAGAAAAUGAAAAUGUUUGUCCACCUCCGGCAGGAUCUCGAAAGGGUUCGUAACUUGUGCUAUAUGGUCAGUCGGCGUGAAAAAUUGUCGCGUUCAUUCUUCCGUAUGCGAGAGCAAACCUUUCACAAGCAGAUCGCCUCUCUGUGUCAGCGAGCGAGCGACAAGAGACCUCUAGACGAAUCUACAAUCGAUGUUAUUUUACAAGCGAACCACGGUCCUACGAUAUAUGAUAGACUAUAUUCAAGUGAUUCCGUUAGUAGUAGUGCAGUACUGAGUUUAGAGAAUAUGUUAGGGUGUAUAAUUGGUGUACAUAGUAGUAAUAGUAGUGGUACCGCUGGCAGCGGUAGUAAGAUAAAUAAUCGUAAGCAGCAACAGCAACAAUUGCGACAGUCACAAUCAGUCGAUAAGGAAGUUGUUGCUGCUGCUGGUAGUAGGAAACCGUCGGAUAUCAAUGGAAUGAACAAGUCUACAACUCAACGGCAAGCUAGUAACAAGCAGGAUAACAAGCGAACCUAUAUAAACGGUGCCACACAGCGUGGCAUGAGCGAUAUUUCAAGCGAAAGUGAAGAACACUCAAGGCGUGUAAGCACAACUGCCAGUUCGGCUGAGGAAGAGGAUUUGAAGAAAAACUCAUCACCAGCUGCGAAGAAGAAAGCCCGUCAAACGAAAGCCGCUGAUCGUAAGCGAAGGAAAGUUAAUUCAUCCGCUGAGAAAAACCGCCGAAAUUCAGUGGAAAGUUCAAGUGAGGACGAACGAGGUAAUGAUCGGCUUAAGCCGGCGCCCGGCACAAAUGAAUCAAUACCACAGGCAAAAAAGGGUGCUCAAUCUCGUAAUCAUUCACUUCGACAAAUGGAGAGAGAGUAUGCUGACGAUCGGAUGCGUUGCUCAGACUCGAAUGAUAGCGAUGAAAUAGUACCAAUUGUGUCCCGCUCUGGUAACCAAACUGGAGCGCCACAUGCCUACAGCAACAAAAAGAUGUUGCAUAUAUAUUCUGAUUCUGACAGUACCGAUAAAGACAAGACUGAUAACACAGCAAGCGACUCGCAGCAGCAUCCGUUCCGCACCAAGGCAGCUAUGAAGGAAUUUAACUUGGCAGAAGCAGAUCGGCUCAAGCAAAAAUCAGUGUCACCAACAAAACCGACAAAAGCUACAACUACGGUUGCAUCCUCCAUGACGACAUCGUCGUUUGUAUCCAAUUCUUUGAGAACAGACUCGAAGAAAACAUCUUCAGAACCAGUAUUUACAGCCACUCCGGCAACCAGCAGUGGCUACUCUUCAAAUAGUAAAUCCGUCAAAGAAACUGGAAGCGGAGUUGGCAGGAGAAAGUUGGAAAAGGAUAGCGGCAAACAGGCGACCAAAAAGGAAUUCUCAACCGACCUACUGGUCGUUCCUCAACGGGAAGCUGCAAAGAAAGCUUCCGAAAAUUUGAUGAAAACGAACGUCCAAGUCCCACCAGUGCAAUCAUCGUCUCUGGCCAGCCAGGCCAGUGCAAGCCAUUCGUCGUCCGUAAGUAAAAAGGAAAUUAAAGAAACCCGAGCGGAGGCCGUAUCGAGCAGUAGUAGUAGUAGCAGCAGUAGCAGUUCAAGCAGCAGCAGUAGUAGCAGCGGUAGUACCAGUUCAAUCAGCAGUACAGGCAGUAAUAGCAGCGUAAGUAGCAGCAGUAGUAGCAGCGGCAUCAGUACUGGUAGUGGUACGAAAGAUACCGAACAGAAAACCUCCGCCAGUACUAAUAACAAGCAAAGUAAGGAGAUUGCUGCCGAAGCUCCGCCAAAAGCUACUUUGACAGCUAAAAGAAACAAUAAUAAAGCUACUAAGCAACCCAUUGAGCAACCUACAGCGGAAUCGGUUUCGAAACAUCCAGUAGAGAAACAGGAUCGGUACGCAGAAAAGGAUAAGCGAGAGAAAGCGCCAAUCAAAGAGAAGACGUUACCAAAAGACCGAGAAGAUGUUGAAAAAGAAAAGCUAGCAGCGACUGAAAAACAGCGAGGAAAUUCUAAGGAAACGUCCCUGUCGGACAUGUUAGCCUACGUACCACAACGGCAAGCUGCAAAGAAAGCGGCGGAACACAUCAAAAGUGGUAUGGGAAAACCGGCAGAGGCAACGGUGGCAUCCGCCGCACCGGUCGUCCCCGUUUCGGAUGAAGUCAGACCAACAAAAGCUACGGCCAAAGUUCCCACCGCGGCCAGUCGUAAGGAAGACAAGAAAAUAUCUACUCCUUCUAGUAGUUCUAGUUCGGAAACGAGUUCAUCGUCAUGCUCUAGUUCUAGCAGCUCGGAUUCGGAUAGCGACGACGACGAAGAAGAGGAAAAUGACAGCAAGAAGGCGACAGCUGCUUCGCAGAUGAAUAAAACAAGUGCUGCUUCUAAAGCAGCUUCAGCUUCGUCCCUUGCUGGUAAAUCGGCCGCGACUGCUGCAGCCCGUAAAACAGACCGGCAGAUGCCCUUUCUUGACAAGAGUAAAUCUUCCGAGUCUGGUUCCAGUUCUUCCUCGUCCGAUAGCGACUCCGACUCCAGCAGUAGUCAGAGUGAUGACUCGACGCGAUUACAAAAAGGCGGUCGGCGGAAAUCUGUCGUGGCAAGGAGAGAAGCUAGUCCUAAGAAACAAAUCGGUCGUAAGGAGCUUGAAUGUAGCAAGAAAACCACGGCAACGCCAACAGGGAACAAAACCGGCUCGGCAAUUGCAGCCGCACGUGAAGCUGAUAAGACUUCAGUUGCCGUUAAAGGAGAACCACCAGGAACGGCCAUACCCGGCAAAACCAGUGAUAUUGCCACUAGCUCUAGGCAAUCCGGCAAGGCUCCGCCCACACCCGUCGAAUCUGAGCCGACAGGUAGCAGCAGCACUGCACAAGCAAAGUCAGCAGCAUCCAUCAAAGACAGCAAAAUUGCUCACGAUCGAUCCCGAGCUGUUGACCCGCUCAAACCGGGAGAUAAUUCUAAGAAUGUCACUGGUAAUAAAAUGAUUCCCAAUCGACGUAACUCGUGUGUUGUCACAACGGCAAACGAAAUAAAGCCUCCUCCUGCAACGGUAGAAACUACUAGUAAGCCACCGGUGCCCAUUCGCGGUCGUCGGAAAUCCGUGUUCGUUGAUUUCGACCGAGAAAAGAAGGAAAAGGAGCGGCUAGCCGCUGAAGCUGAAAAGAUGAUUAAGGAAGAGCAGCAGAAAAAGAAAGCAGCUGGACGAGGGGCUGCAGCUUCCGAGAAAGAAACAGCUCUCUCAAAAUCCGCAACAGCGUCAAAGAAAGUAUCUACCGAAAAGGCAGUGCCUGGAGGAAAAACUGCAAGCGAAGAAAAAGUGGCUGAAAAGGAAAAAUCAGAUGCUAGAGAAAAGGUCAAUAUUCCCGAAAAGGCGGUUACUACUCGAACAACAGCAUCACCUUCUACGCGAGAGACCAAAGCCAAUCGUAAAGAACACGAGCUGCUUCCGAUCCGGGAGGAAAAGUAUGAUCGAAGUAACAGUCGUGGUCGGUUGGAUAGCCGUAAGGAAAAGGAAGAUAAUGUCAUACUCAUCGAUGAUUCAUCAUCUCGAAGUAGUAGCGCCGGUAAAAAGGAAGAUGAGCUACUGGUGCUGGCACGAGACAGUCCGGUGCUUGAGGCAGCGGUUAGAGCAAAGAAAAAUGAGGAAAAACACAAGGAUAAUGUAUCGUUGAGUGGCGUUCCGGACAACGGGGUAAUAGAACGUAUGAAAAACGAUGUCGAACAGAAGGAUGAUACAGCUCGGAUCAGUUUACUCGAACAGGAAAAUAACAGUGAUAAAUACUCAAAGAUUCCGGACAGUGGGUCGAAAUUCGAACUCAGCUGCGCUGAAAGGAUGGUUUUGGAUGAUGUUAAGAAGGAUGUCGGUAUUGAAGAGAAAAAGGUAGCGGUUAAACCGCUGCCCGAAAUGCAUGAACAAAAAUCUGCCACCUUUCAAGACAAAGCUAAAGAUUUGCCUGAGAGUAAGAAAGAUAUCGAGAUCAUUUCACUGGUGGAUGAUUCACGAUCGAACGAUGGCCGUGAAAUCGUUAUAGUAGAAGAUGGUUCUAAUGACGGUAAAGUAGAGAAGCAUAGCGAAGUCACAAAGAAGGAGGAAACGAAAGAUUUUCCUGUCGGGUUGCAAGCAGAGCCUACUAAUCAGACUUCGAAGCCAAUCGAACCUUCUAGUACGAUAGCGGAGGAGAAAAAGCAGUUCGAACUAGAAUCGUUGGCUAUGGCUGCCGUUUCGCAGUCUAUUCCGGUCACAUCUUCAUCGUUCCAAGCGCCGCCGGCAAGCAUGGAAAACAUUCCAACAACCACAAACAGUAUGAGCAACCUUAUGACCAACUUUACUAGCAGUAAUACUAAUAACAAUAGCAAUAAUUUGGCUUCGAAAGAUGCCGGAUUAAACACAGCCAGUGGCGGUUUGUGUCAGUCGAUAUUCGACUUGCUGUCAUUACCGGCAGUGACUGAAUCGGUUUCGGACGAUACGUUCGGUUUGAAUCCUCCUCUCAAUUUCCCGUUCAUGGAAGAUGGCAAAGAGGAUACCCAGCGAGAGACACUUAAUCUUGUUGAAAAACUACGCCAAAAAUACAAAAAAGGUUCGAGCGUUGGUCAGGACACUAAGCAAGACCAAGAGAAAGACACUCGUGCCGAAAUUAUUUCUAUGGAUGAUGAGGGAAAGAUGUUCGUAGCUGCUGGUCGGGCCGAUGCGCUAGAAUAUGUCGCCAUCAGUAAAGAACUAUCGAAAGGAAAACCGACGACCAGCAACGACGUUGAAUAUUUCAACAAAUACAAUUCCAAUGAUGACGUUGAGAGCUCAGUACCGCACAGUAAGAAAAAUCCAAAGGACGAUCAUUUGGAUCAUCUCACAAGCAGACCUUCCGAUGAGCGAUGGGUGCCUCCAUCUAUGCUGCAAAGUCACAACCAACAACAGCAGUCACUGUCUAGUACAAUCAGCGAUAACCGGAGAAUGCUUCACCACCAACAGCAUCAACAGCAGCAGCAGGCUCAAAAUUGUAUGGAAACCGCUAGUUUGUUGAGCAAUCAAUCGAGCUCGGAUAACCACAAGCAGCAACAGUCCCAUCUGAGCGACCAGCAAGUGUCCGGUCUGUUCGAGAGUAUGGUUACACAAGCCAACCAUCACCAUCAAACACAGCAUCCACAUUUGGAGGACAUCAAUCAACUGCCGGAGUUGGACUUUAUGCAAACCAUCAAAAGCGUUGCCAAUCAAAAUGAAGCUACCUCAUUGUUGUUCGAAAAUCUGCAACAGCAGCAGCGUCGUUGGAACGAUAUUCUACCGAAUCAAAAGAAGCACGAGUGCUCGGUGAUGCAAGAAAAAGAAAAUAUGCUGAUCAAGCAACAACAGCAACAGCAGCAGCAGCAACAACAACAGCAUGAUAUGAAUGCUAAUAAUCACCGUAACAAACUGAAUGAUCUCAACAAUUUUAUGGACAUACAAAAUCAACUGCCACAACCUCAGUCAGCAUCACAACAAUCUCAGCCACCACCGAACAGUAUGAACCCACUCGAGCAGUACAACUUUAACGAAACCUCGCAGUACCCCGGUGCGGUAGCUUUGUUUCCACCCUCCAACGUUCAGGUUCCAUUCCCGUCUCCAGGAGCGGCUAUGUUCCCUCCAAAUUUUGCGCCAAACUUCCAAUCCGGUAAACAGCAACACCAACCACACCAUCCAAUGCUACCGACUGCAGCAGCAGGCGGACAACAACAGCAGCAGCAGCAACAACAGACUUCUGUUCCUACGCCUCAACAACAGCAGCAAGCAACGGCCAAUAUUGUUCGAGGAGCCGGAGCUGGUAAACCGGACGACAUAGUCGUACCGAACAGUCUCUGUGGAGCAACUUUUACCUCAUCAUCACACAACAUGGCGCUGACAGAAGCAAUUGUUUCUCCGCCCACCCCUCAGCAACAGCAACAAAAACAACCGUUGACUCCUCGGACGGCAGCUUCUCCGCUAACGGCUAUGGUUUCUCCAAACAAUCAACAACAACAGCAGCAACAGCAACAGCCCACUCCGGAGCAUAAUUUCAUGCUGAAUCACUCGCCGGCAAUGAUGGGGCCACAGACUCCACAAAUGCUCCAGCAGCAGCUGACUCCACAGCAGCAACACGAUAGUGCUAAUAUUCUGCAAUCGCUGGAUCAAAACAGUGUAGCCAAAAAAUCACCCACUAAGUCCGCACGGUCCUCUUCUCGCAUUCAAAAUCAAGUUCACGAUACGUCGGUUACGGUUACUCUAAAUCAAAUCAAAUCUCCUAAUAUUAGUCCCGGUAAAAGUCCAAAAACCUUCGAUCCUAAGGCUCAGCAAUCCCAGUCGAUGGUUGCAGAUCUACAACGUGGAAAAGUGCAAAAGCCGGAAGGUGGCGCGAAGCGAGGUCCUCGAGGGCCACGGGCAAACAGUACGAGCCAGCGUGGUGGAGCCGCCGCUAAGAGCAAAAAUGGAAGACAAGGCCGUGGCGGUCGACAGCAAAUAAGUUUUAUACCGCAGCUGCCGCAUAACGACUAUAACGAUUUUGUAGGUGGCACCAUUCACACUAAGCUGAUUGGAACUGUGUAUGAUCCCGAUUUUGACGAUGACCUGGCGUGCAACAGCAUGGAAAAGCUACGCGACAUGCGGGACAGACGACGUUCGAUCGACUGUCGUUUGCAGGACUCGUUCCGUGCGUCGCGUGAACCCUCGAAAUCGCCAAAGUUCCCCGGUUUGAAUAUAUAUUCUUCGCAAAACUCUAACCUCGGCGGAGGAACCAAGCAGAAUCGAUCAUCAUUUACGCCUACUUCAUUACCGCCCAGUCUAAGCUCGAGUAUCGUGUCGGGAGGAAACAUUAGUGUAUCGCAACCCAGUGUCAGUACUAGUCUACAGGACAUGGUUCAGACUGUUUUGCCAGGUCCGGUCGAUAUGCGAACCUACAACAGUGGUUUCGAUUCGUCUACCAACACCGAGGCCUACAACAAUCAUUUGCUUGGAGCAUUUGCCAGCGGUACUGCCGAUCAAACGUUAGCUGACAUAGAUGAGGAUAUGGAAAAUGAGCUACAAUCAGCUCUUAAGGCUAGUAAUAACAAGGUCGAUGCAACACCUCCGGCUUCAGCGACCGCUGCUCUGACUGGUCUCAGUUCCGAUUCUUCAACUAUGGCUGCAUCGUUGACAACAUCAACCGGUUUGUCAGCUUCCACCCUAACCGUUACCCCAACCGUACUAGAACCGAUCGAGCUGCCCCAGGAGGAAACGAACGAUUCGGAUAGCAUAAUUACGAAAGUUUCACUUUCGGAUUCUAGAAAUAUUAUGAAACUUAAAAUUAAGGGACCAUUGGCACAACUCGACAAUAGCUCUUCCUCCUCGACGACCACGCUGCAGCAAACCGUGAAUGUCAUGGAAUCCAGCUUGAAUGCUCCGAUCAUGUCAACCCCGCUAGCCGUCAACAUAGGUGGUGGUUCAUCCAAUCUAAGAAGAAUGCGGAAGAAAGAGUUACUUCGGCAAUACUGGACGCAGGAUAUGAACCAUGACGACCAAACGGGGCUGCAAGUGGUAGAUCAGAAUCCAAGUCUCUCGCUAACGACUUCCAUCAAUAGGACGGUUGGCAUUCCGAAGGCAGUCGAUUCACUUUGCACGAUGCCUACCAGGGACGACUAUAAAGACUACGGUGGAGUAGACUUUAAGAAACGAAGAAAACUUUCGUCCAAUAUGUCACGAGAGCUUCGUGGGCUGGUUCCCACGGAACAUGACAUUGUCGAGCGUCGGCGAAGUGUCGGUUCUACCGGAAGCAACGGAUCGGCAAGUAAUAUGGCAGCUGACGUUUCCCCGGUAGCUAAACGACGCUCGCGAAAUAAUCGAACAGCCACGGUUACGGCACUGAAUCAGCCGCAGGCGGCUCCCAAGCUGAAAAUCAAAAUCGGUUCCGAUGUAAUGGAGGCCUCUGGCUCAUACAGCGAUCGGAUACGACCGCCAAAGAAACGUUUGGCCACUAUGGCGCCUCCUAGUCUGGAAGAUCUACGCCGGGAUGCGAUGAUGUUUGCCGAGCAGAUGAUGUUCGACGACGAGGAAGAGGGCGGUAAGGCGAAAAAGCACAAAAACAAAGAUAAAGAUCGUGAUCGGGAACACAAAAAACGCAAAAAGGAAAAGAAGCACAAACGGGAAAAGGGUGAAAAAGUCGAGAAGGUGGAGAUCAUCAACAAGUCUGAAGAUGCGCCGCGAAUCGUCAUACGAUUAGGCGUUAAGAAAACACCGACACAAGACACGAUGAAUACACCUAUGCUUGCUGACCUUCCUUCGGUCAGUCGACAAAACUCUCCGGAAACAGAUCCACUAGCUUUGGAUCUGGCCGAAUUGCACAACAGCAACGACAGCAGUAACUGCAGCAGUGGAAUACUGAAGCCCCAGAUAACACCAAUCCGACUCAAGUUGGCCCGAAGCUCAUCUGGCGGCGGGUAUGUAAUGACUUCAAAAAAUAAAAAAUUGGCUGACGAUCAACAAUCACUUCAACAAUUGCAACCACAGCAGCAGCAGCAGCAGCAACAACUUCAACAAUCAAAUAGACAAAUUUCGGAAAGUUACGACGAGACUAAGACCUUGAACAUCGUACUCUCGAAGCUAGACAUCCCGUUCAAUACGGAGACAAUCGACCUUAGUGCUGCUCCCUCCCUGUGCGCGGAACCUGCGUUGCCAAACUUCACCGGUGCAGUUAAUUCGGUUCGAGAACAACCUUUGGCGGCGGCAACAACGCCAAGCUUCAACUCGUCUUCGUUGCAUCCCUGCAAAACAGUCGACUUUGGUGCAAUGUCCUCAUUUACUUCUUCCACUACCACCGCUUCCACCACCAUGUCUUUCAGCAAUAACUUUGGUACAGGCGGCGGCGGCGGCGGCAGCAACAGUAGUAGUAGUAACAGCAGUGGGACUCAAUUCAAUCCGUUUGCAAAUUCCAUUCCGCAACAGCAACAACAGUCACAACAACAGCAACACACGCUGUCACAAUCCUCCCAGCUGCAACAAGCGCCCCAGCAUGAUCUAUCUGCCGCUGCCAAAGACUGCGAAGUGAGAUGACGUUUUAUGUAAAUAGCCGUCGUGUAAAUGUUUCAUUGUUGUGCAAAUCUCUCCAGUCAAAAUAUGUAAAUUGUUUUCCUGUUGGUACUAUUUUUUAUUUUAAGGAACGUUGUUUUAAUUUUAAGACUUCCUGGCAAAUGGAAACGUCCAAGUGGAACAAUGUCGCGAAAAAAGUUAACUAUUUUCGCCGCAAGCUUGAAAACGAAUGUGUUUUGUUUUGCGCAACUUUACCCGUUUCAGUCUUUCCGAAAUGCUUUUUUUUUUUUUGAGAGAUGAUGGUACAUAAAGUUUAUUUUGUUUUAAGUUUUUUUUUUAUAUUUUUAGUUUAUGGGAAAACCUCAUUCGUUCAAAUAAAAAAAACACAUGUUACUAUCUAAGAAAGCAAAGCUUCCCAUUUGUAAAUAGUCGAUCGAAAGUUUUUAUUGCUAUGUAACAGAUCAAAUGGAAUAUUUAACAGAAACGUAAAGGUAGCAAAUAGAAUCCACAUUCAAGUUUACAAAUUGAUUGUAAGAUAUUAAAAAGCUAAUCCCCCACAGGAAGGAUAACAACAAAAUUACUUAUAAACCUAUGUACUAGAGGCAAUCAAAUUAAACGCCAACAGAAAAAUCGGAUCUUCUUCAUUUCACGUUUUGUUUUUUUUUAUUAACAGCCGAAUGAUCUAGUUUACCCUCUGUUAAAUAUUUGACGUGUUCUAAGGUUACACAGUGGAAAACGUAUAGAAAUCAUAAAUAACAGAAAAAAACUAUAGCCUAUGCAAAAAAUAGCAUAACAUGAGAGGAGUGCAAAAAUCUAUCGAUCUCGAAUGAAGACGUUGUGCCGGUUGAAACUGUUUAAAGUAAUCUUACCACGACGUGUGUCCGUGUCUCGUAUGUGCGCGCGCAUGAUAUUGAUUGUUGUUGUUGCGUCGGGUGUGAAAUUAUCACAAUGAGAUUGUACGUAGUUAUAAAGUUCUCCCCCUUCACCCCCUGUUUCAUUCGCCACGCGCAUCUUGUAAAUAUCUCCCCAAAUUAGCAUUGCAGCAUUGGCGCCACCGAGUUUCCCCUGCCGGAACUAAAAUAUAUUAACAUGCUCCACUAAAUUUAUAAAAAAAGAUAAAACGGUUCGCCACAAACACUGUACAUAAUGAAACUAGUUGUAAAGUUACUGUAAAUUUUAAGUGAUCAAGUUUCGUUUUAUGCCGAACAUCAAUUCAUUCAUCUGUUACGUGUGUGUGUAAAUAUAGAAAGUACAGAAAAAUGAAAAGGAUGUUUCACCUUAUUCAAUUAAGACACGUUAGCUAAACUGAAUUGUAAGAAUGAAAGAAAAUAUAUUCAAAAAAUAAAACUAGCGAAAGAAAAUAAACAUUUGAGUUACGAUUAGUAUUAAUUUUUAUGUCGUAAUGCCUGCGAUUACUAUACAUAUAGUUUGCCCAUAUAAUCUAUUUAAUUUAUUUAUGAAAAUCCCCUCCUUCACAUAGGAUUAGGAUAUAUUAAGUAAAAUGAAAUGAAACGGUUAAUAUUAGUGAACAUACACAAAGUGGACUACACUCUUUUUUAGGGACAAAAAAAAACAAAACAACACAACAUGUAGUUUACUAUUUUAGAAUGAAGAAAGGCGACUAAAUGAAUCGUAACUAUGAAUGUAUUAUAACAUAAAUUGACAGGACAAAGUUAUAUCGUAAUCUAACACACACACACGUGGAAAAGUAGAAAAUUUAAAACAAACAAUGGAGAUAAAUUUAAACUAAGUUAAGGAUGCCGGGAGGCAACAAGUAACAAAAAAGAGAAAAAAGUGAAAGGUAAUUUGUGAAUAAAAGUAAAAUAUUCUCUCUUAGUUUCUUAGAACAAGUAAAUGUCAAAUAUCAUGUAACAAAGCAUUAUUAAACAUGGUAAUUUAAACAGAGACGAAAAGCAGAGGAAAUGCAUUAAAAAACGCAAUAUAUUUUUAUUAUUAUUUUAUAUUUAAUUUCCUUAAAUCUCUGUAAAUUAUGAAA